AGCUUCGGGCUGCCUGAGAAGUCCGACAUGCACCGCUUCAACAGCACCGUUUUUCAGGCACCAAUUCGGGCAACAGUCAGUUAAAAUGACCCAGAAACAGCUGCUGUCGUCGGCUGUCCACAUUUCAAACGCGGCGGUAAACGGAGGACCGAUCCCGGAUCAGCCACCUCGGCCCCGGAUGCUGGUGGAGCCGUUGCUGCGGGACGCACCUUCCUCCGUGCGGAACAUUUGUGCGGGGCUGCCAUUUUACCGAGCUUACGCACUGAUGAACUAUGGGGGUCAAGGUGGUCCAGCUCACCUCAGCUUCACAUCAUGAAAACAUUCUGGCCUCCCUGCAUCAGCUGAGGCUCCAAGGACAGCUGAGCGACGUCACAGUGCAGGUCGACUACCAGGGAGACGUGCAGGAGUUUCAGGCCCACCAGGUGAUGCUCGCUGCGUCCAGCGGCUACUUCAAGAAGCUUCUUCUGUCUCAAGAUGUGGCCCGAGAUAAGCUAUCACUCUCCAACAUGCGCUCCAGGGAUUUCUCAAAGUUUCUGGAAUUCGUGUACACGGGUAAAGUUGAAGUGGCCAGAGACAAGAUCGGCGACGUGCAAGCCGUGGCGCAGUUUCUGGACUGUGAGGAUCUGUCAGAGGUCUGCGUGGAGGCCAUGAGUGCUGGAAUUCUGCAGCAGCCUAGAAAGAGAACAUCUGUGUCAAAAGUCGUAGCUACAGACGACUUGCAUGGUGCCAAAACAGAGAAAAAGACCAAAGGGAAGAAGCAGCCUAAAAGCUUGCCUCUUAAGCGGCAGCUCUCGCCGCAGAGCUCCGAGAAAGAAGUGGCUUCAAAAAGAAUAAAGGCAAAGAACACGGCGACGGAGGAAAAAAGACCCGGGCGACAGCUGAAAAUGAGGCUGGCUGGUCACAAAGUGCUUCAGAGGCGUUGGUAUCAGAAAAAAGAGGCUUCCGGCAGUGAAGUUACCAACGAAGACGCAGAGGAGGACGAGGACAAGACUGAGGCCGAGGCUCAGCCGGAGAAUAAGCAAGACAAAGGGGAAGAGUCUUCAGCGGAGAAGCCUGCUUUAGAUACAGAUGAUUGGGAAUGUGAUGAUGAUGAGCAGCAGAAGGAUGCUGAAGAACACCUACCAGAGGGAGAGGAGGAGGAGGAGGAAGAAGAGGAAGAAGAGGAGGACGAGGAGGAGGACGAGGAAGAGGAAGGACAGUCCAGCGAUACGGUAAAAAGAACAUCCAAGGCCCAGUUCCAGUGUAACAAGUGCCAACGGACUUUCCACUAUGAGAGGAGCUACUUGAAGCACAUCAGCACGUAUCAUGGCGUGAAGGCAGACGUCGUCUUCCGCUGUGAGACCUGCCAGCAGACCUUCGCUAACCGCAGCAACCUGAAGAUCCACGAGAAGCACGUCCACAGUAAUGAGAGGCUGUUUUCCUGCGACUCCUGCACAAAGACCUUUAAACGGAAGAAGGAUGUCGUCCGCCACCAGAGACAGGUACACGAGCGAAAUCUGCGACACGUCUGUUCUGAGUGCGGAAAGGCCCUCAGCUCCAAAACGGCCCUGUUGCUGCACGAGAGGACGCACACGGGCACGAAACCCUUCGAGUGCACCGACUGUGGGGCCAGAUUUACUCAAAACUCUGCACUCAAGAUGCAUCGCAGGACUCACACAGGAGAGAAGCCGUUCGCGUGUGAUGAGUGCGAUGCCCGGUUCACUCAGAAGCACAUGUUGGCCUAUCACAAGAGAUCACACACAGGAGAGAAGCCCUUCAUGUGCGAGGCCUGCGGGAAAAGCUUUGCAUCUAAAGAAUACCUGAGACACCACUCGAACAUCCACACCGGGUCUAAGCCGUACAAGUGUGAUCAGUGUGGAAGAGGCUUCGCUCAGAGGAACUCCCUCAACCAGCAUUUAAAAAUCCACACAGGAGAGCGUCCGUACAGCUGUAAAGACUGCGACAAGCAGUUCACUCAGCUCAACGCGCUCCAGAGGCAUCAGCGUAUUCACACCGGAGAGAAGCCCUACAUGUGUGGCCUCUGCAAACGCACCUUCACCGACAAGUCCACCCUCCGCAGGCACACCAUGAUCCACGACUCCGAUGCUCCCUGGAAGACCUACCUGGUGGUUCUGGAGGGGAACGUGGAGGAGAAGAAACCCAAAUCUCCCACUAAGGGAAAGACAGAAAAAGCCGGAGCAGGGGAGAAACAGAGCACUGCCAGAAAAAGCUCCGUUUCCGGCGCUGCUGGUAAAACCCACACCGACUCCAUCGUGGUUCCGGCCGAGCCCGUCACUCUGCCUUCUGACUGGACCAGCCACGGGGCCAUCGCCCUGGUGAGCCACGGCGCUCUGGGCGGCAUCACCGUCAUCCACACCGAGGUCCCGCCGGGGACGCAGAUCCAGCCCAUCGUCACCACCGACGGCACCGGGGCCAGCGUCAUCUCCCUGGACGGCUCUGCCAUCCCCUUCACGCUACCGGUGUCCAUGGCUCACGGCGUGCCCCUGUCUGACGCCGCCUCCACCUCUUUGUCCGUAUCCACUCUGUCGGUUCCAGUUUCUGAAAGCCUGUUAGCGUCAGUGUCGGAGAUCCCCACCGUUUCUACGUCGUCCGUGCUGGAAGCUGCCGCCUCACAGACUAUUUUGGCUCCGGUUUCAGACACUAAAGUCAUUUCUGAGAUGGACACUUUGCCGCCCAACGUUCACACUGUGAUCGUCGGCGACAACAUUUGCGUGGAAGAGCAAACAGCUGCUGACCAAAGCGACGGGCAGCACAGGACAGCAGACGACCCCCUAGCUGAACAUAAAACUGCCUCAGAUCAAGAUGCUGUGUAGAGUCUUUGUUUUUUUGUCUGAUUGUAAAGAAUUGAAACCCGUUCAUUUUAUUUAUCCCUCCUCUUUGGGUUAAGCAGUGUGUUUCGUAGUGAUCUGAAGUCCUGUGUUUUUAUCGUUGGCGAUCAGAGCUGGGUGUGGUGUUUCAGUCUUUUGGAAUGUUUUAGUAUUCAUUAAAAAUCUAAGGUGUAAUAACAUAUUAGGUAUAGUAUUAUUGUACAUAUCUGAUCAUGUACAGUGAAAGAUCUGGCACAGGUCACGUGGAACAUAAAUGAAAUGGAGCAAACUGUUAAUUCCUGAUGUAUAAUGCCAUGCGGUCCGACUCCUUUUCCGUGGGACGGACCGGAAACAGCAGCUCCGGUAGCUUUUUAUACACCUUUGGAAUGGCAGCAGAGUGUUUUGUUGAUAAUUUAUUUUGUUGUAAAUAUAAAAUGGAGUUGUUUAAAUCCUUCACA